CAAACAUCAUUAAUGGAAGGUCAGAAACCUUGUUCUUAUACAAAGGAAGGAAGACAAAACAGAGGAGGAACAUUUUUUGAUUAGCUCUUAGCCCACUACGUCAACGCUUUCUAAAUAAGUAUUGUCGAAUCAAGCAAGAAAAAGACCUGCCAUACAUCCUAAUGAACGACUACUUAUGCAACCACAGGGUAUGCUUCCAAGAGCAUGCAGAGUCCUCUCAAGUUGGAAAAGGUAAAGAUGAAGAUGUUCAUUUCUAAUGUUGUUUCGUUAAGAUGAUAUUAGGCACAUUUUGUCCAAAUAUACAGAACUUUGUCACUUUGAACUGACUAUUUAUUUUAUGUAGCACGACUAAUCUACUCGUUAGCUGUCCCAUCUGCCUCUUCAUAAAGGCAAGGAAAGGCAAAUCGAGUUAGCCCUGAUGCAAACAGGGGAUGAUAGAUGAAAGAAGUUCAAGCACUGCUCGGUCCUUUCGAUGACCUUUUGAAUAAGGGUUUCAUCGAACCAGGCUAACCCAUAGAAGUGGAACAAAGACAAGUAGGUUUAGGUUUCUAUGCAGCCCAGGUCCGACCAGAAAAAAAUUCGAGCUUCGAGCCCCAAUUGAACUCCAAAAUAUCAUUCAAGAGAAAGAGGGGUGGGGGAGGAAAGAUAGGGCAUAGUUUGAGGAGAGAGGGGUGAGAGAGAGAGAGAGAAGGGUGAGAAGAGAAAAGGGGGAGGGAGGGGUUUUUGCAUAGUUGAGCAAAUAGAGGGAAAAUGUUCCCCACCGCCUUCAUCUUCCCUUUCACCUCCCGCCACCAAAGCUGACGUUGGUCAUUCGCAUCGCACAAGAAACUCUAGGCAUUGAGAUCAUCGGCAGUGGCCGAUAGAGUUUAGGAUGGUCUAGGGUUUACAGACAAAGGGGCGGAGGCGCCACCAGCAUCAGGACUGGGGAAGCACUUCUCAUAAGCUGUGGACAUCUCCACAUUCCUACCUACUGUACGGAUAUGCUCCCUAUAUACAAAUUUUAUGUCCGUAUAUUUAUUAUCUAUCAAUAUUUAAUUCCAUAGAAAAAUUUUAUGUGGGUAUAGAACCCAUACGCUUGGUAUUCCACAUACAUUUCUAUGCCGAAGGAUAUCCACAUAAAAGUUUAUGUGCAAGAUCGAUUUUUGGAAUACGUUAUCCGCAUAUCUUUCUCCAUGGGGUUUCGCUGCCGCAUAAGAAUUUUAUGCACGGAUAACAGCCACGUCAUACGCAUCACACUUUGAUAAAGAGAGAGGAGAGACCGGAGAGGGGAGAGAGAACGGAGGCUUCAGGCCCAUCAUGAAAUAUUCUUGGGACCAUGCCUAGCCCGGAGCCCAACCCAAACAACCUGACCGAGCCCGGCCCGAAGCCAGCCUGGCUCAACAGGCCUCGGGCCUGGGCCCCUAUCCGCCUACAAAUCCAUGACGCCACGCAGCCUGGCCUGCAUUGCAUGUGGGUUCGAUACAUAGUCAGAACUCGAAAAUACCGAGCCAACAUCAACAUGGGCCAAGUAUAACCUAUCCGAACCCACCAGAAAAUAUACUCCUCGAUCACCAGCUUAUCAAUAUUCAAGUAGAAAUUGAGAGGUGGUUCCAAGAAUCGUGCGAAGGUUUUGGGCUGUCGUUGUAAAACAUCCGAGAGUUUCCAAGCAUAAAAAGAGAGACACAGAGCAAGAAACUUGAGGUCCCCAACCUAAUUUGUACUUCCUGGUUCCCCCCCGAACAAAGACAAAGCCAACAAAGGCAAAGCCAUGACCUUCUUUGUCUUUCCUCCUAAUACGACCCUUAAAGGUGAUUAUCCUUAGGCCCUUUUUCGUCUUCAGCUCCAGUCCCAACAAAGAAAAGCCUUUCUUUUCCUCCUCCGGCCUUGGAAAAUCCAGAAAAAAAAAGAACUGCUUGUCUCCUGGCGUAACAACUCAAGGAUCGAUCUAUGGAGCGGUCCGCCGACUUAAGAUUCUUGGCAGACGACUAUAUAAGCAAUGCAAUGCCAUGAAUUCUCGUUUCCUUCUUAGAAAAAAGCACUCUUUGUUUCCACUUCCCUCCUCUCAAUACCUUCAUGCAACGACAGCAACAAUCCUAAACACCAUGGCGUCCCAGUCCUAUGCCUUCUUCCACCCACCCAAGUGUUCCGCCGCAAGAGAGGAUGGCCCUAGAAACAAUAAUCCAAACAAAGGCAGCUCCAUCAAAAUAAAUGGCACGUCCGCUGCCAUUGCAGCCAAUAUCGCCUGCCCAGCCUUCCCCUCUCCUGCCUCUGUGACCAAGAGCAUCCCUAUAAAAGAGAAUCGGCAGAAUAUACCGACGGAGAAGCAGACAGUGGAUGCUUUUAGACAGGGCCUCAUCAUCGAAGGCGGCGUCAGGUACAGGCAGACCCUAGUCAUCCGAUCGUAUGAGGUUGGCCCUGAUAAGACGGCCACGUUGGAGGCCAUACUCAAUCUUCUUCAGGAAACUGCUCUGAAUCAUGUCUGGAUGUCGGGUCUACUUGGUGAUGGAUUUGGAGCCACCCAUGGUAUGAUUAGAAACAAUCUCAUAUGGGUUGUCACCAGGAUGCAUGUCCAAGUCGAUGAGUAUCCCAUCUGGGGGGAGGUGGUGGAGAUUGACACAUGGGUCGGGCGAUCAGGAAAAAAUGGAAUGCGAAGAGACUGGCUAAUUCAGAACCGCCUAACGGGACAAACAUUUGCUCGAGCAACAAGCACUUGGGUCAUGAUGAACCAACAGACAAGGCGCCUCUCUAAGAUGCCAGAAGAGGUGAGAGAUGAGAUCUCACCAUGGUUUAUUGAAAGGUGUGCCAUUAAAGAGGAAGUUCCUGAAAAGAUCAUCAAGCUAGAUGAUAGUGCAAAGUAUGUGGACUCCAACUUGAAGCCGAAGCGGAGUGAUUUGGACAUGAACCACCAUGUGAAUAAUGUUAAGUAUGUAAGAUGGAUGCUUGAGACUAUUCCUGACAUAUUCUUGGAGAAUCACGAAUUGUCGAGUAUCAUACUAGAAUAUAGAAGGGAAUGUGGUAGUUCUGACGUGGUGCAGUCGGUUUGCGAACCUGAUGAAGAUUCAAUUCCAAGGGAUGAUAAUAUCAACAUAUUGACGGGAUAUUCAUUGGCAUCUGAGAUUCUUGAUGAUUGCGGAUUAGCUGGCACCUUCGACAAAUGGCCAACAAGAUAUACCCAUCUCCUCCAAAUCGAAGGGAAGCAGAGAAAUGAAGAGAUUGUCAGGGGCAGGACUACAUGGAGGAAAAAGCUAUCAAAUACUUUAACUUAGGCUUAGUUGGGCAUUGCUAUAUCAUAAAUAAAAGGUCAUGAUUCUUGAUGUUCUGUCACUUCAUACCAUUAUUUCAUGGCACAAGAGCUCAUGUGGUGUGAUCCUGAAGAAGUUUGUGAAGCGAAAAUGCCUUCACAACUUUGAUCCUAAUAAUAAACCAUUAGCUCAUGUGUAGUCGGUAAUGUAUCUUCUUCUUCUUUGCUUUUUUUCUUCUCAUUCUACUAUGUUCAGAUGAUUCGAUUGGAUGAAAUAUUUUAUCGAAAGAUGUGUAAAAUUGAAUAAGUGUUCCAAGUUGAGAUGAUCCAAAACUUGAAGUAGUGUCCAUGGCAUAAUGCAGGCAAUUUGAAUACUUUUUCCUCUUUUAUCCUUUAUAUCCAUGCAAGAAUUCUUUCAUGUUCCUUUAUACUAAUCUAUGGCAUACACGACUUCAUUCCUUUUUUUUUUAAUUUUUGCAUAAGUACAUCUUAUUUAGUACCUAUGGCAUUGAGGUUUUCAACCUAUAAUUCAUGAGUAGGCUACUUUUGAGAAGCAAAUUCAACCUCUAUCUGCAUUAUCUAUGCAAAUUUUAAGACAACAUAUCAGAUAAUCUUAUGUCAACACCUAGGAAGAAGUUUCUUUAGCCAUUACACAGGAGAGAACCUUCAUUCUUGUAAUCCCAUUUCACAAAUGGCUGCCCAAACUCAUUUUCUACAAUAAAGAACUACGGAAUAUCUUCUUCAAAAUGAGUAGCUGAGCAAGAAUCCUUAUUUAUCUUAUUUACAUCUAAGAAUUGAAACAAUUUUUUUAUCGUGGAUACAGCAAAACUCAACCUGACACCGAUACAAAUCCUAAUUGCCCCCCAUAAUUUAAAUAGGCCGAACAACUAAACACUCUCCAUGAUGUCCCUAGGUCUAAAUCAAUAAUUCCUAUCAUGUCCAAAGCUUGCUUAUCUUUUAUACUUUUAAUAUUGAGCUGUCUUUACUGCAAAAAUCAGAGAAAGAAAAAGAACUACGCUUGUUUAUGGUAUUGUAACAUUCCUAGACGUUUGAAAUUGAACUUUUUUCGAAGAUCUACAUUCUUAUUGAGGUGCAUUCAGAUGCCUAUAUUUCUUACUUUCCAAUUGAAAGUAAACACCAAUAGAUAACUCUUUCACUAUGAAAAUAUUAAUUCUUUCGCUGAAAAAAAGAACACUUUUUUUCAAAUACAAGAACAUUAACUAAAAGGUUCAGCAAAAUAAAUAUUAUCAAUAAAGUCUGUUUGUAUAAUCAUCAAAAUCAGGAGUUUUUUAAUUGCACACCUCUAGAAUGCCAUAUUUCAUCCCAGAAAUAAAAUAAGCUACUUGUUUCUUCUACAGAGGUCAUGAUCGAUAUUGGCUAAAUCUAUAGAACAAAAUCCUAGAAGUAUCUUAUAACUUUGAUAGUACAUCUCCAGCACCUUAAAGUGACUCUACGUUGAUACUUACAUAUGGCUGACUCGAUCCAUGACAACCAUAUCCCAGCCUCUAGUUCACAAAAGAUCCAAAAUUCUCAAUAAUGCUCAUCCUGGUUGCUCCAACCUGAUGCAUCUGUGAUGUAGAAGCUUAGAAAUUUUAGCUACGUGAUUCCUAAUUCCACAACCAUCCAAAUGCCCACAUCCCUCGCCUACAUUGAUGGAUGGAAGCGAGAUGAAGCUACAUGGUAUAGGCUCUUAUAGGCAAGAUGCAAUCUCUCUGCGGAGUAGGCCAGAAAAUUUGUAACCUCAAUGUAUUCUUUGCCAAGUGACAUGGGAAACUUUGUCCUUUUCAUCAAAAAUAUUGUAAACCGGCUCACUAACAGCUGAAAGAUCGCCACUUGAAUCUUCUAAUCAUCAUCUGUAGGAUUAUAUAAUUAAUGCAGUUCAUCCAGCAAUCUUUAUGCAGAAUAGGCCACAUUAUUUAUCAACAAAUUGCAUUCUUUGACAAGUGAUUUAGACAUCUUUAUCCUUCUUAUCGAACAUAUUUUUAACUGGCCCCCUGACAGAUGAAUGAUCUCCUCCACAACAAUCUUCUAAUUAUCUUCACAAAGGAUUUAUUAUUUAUUUACUGUAAUUAAACUGAUGCUGGAAAUUGUCAUAUAUUGCUUGAAACAAGCUAUGCAUAUAGCAGUAAAUGUGUUCUUGGAAAAAAAAAGUAUAUAGCAGAAAACAUGUAAUUGUAUAUUUAUGAAAAAAAUUAUGUGGAUAAUUGACUGUUAGUUGUGGUAUUUAUCGAAAAAAAUCAUACUCUUAUUCACCUGUGGCAUUGAAUGCAAACACAAGCAUCUUCAGAAUGAAUUUAAGCCAAGAAACAACAGCAAUCAUUAUUUGUAAAUUUAUUAUGUUUUGAAAAGAAUAACAAUUAAGACAAACAGUAUUAAUGAAAGCUCUCUGCGAUGCAAUAUUAACAAAGCAAGUUACAUUCUGUGCUAAACCUUCUAUUGUGAAAAGAGCAAUUUAGACUAAGAAAAAUAAUAACUUGACAAAAGCUCAUAGUUUUAUUAGAUGAUCAGUAUCCAGCCCUGUAUUCAACUUUUGUAUAUAAGUGAAAAAGCAAACGAACCUCUGGCUUGAAUGAUAUUUCUAGCAGGGUAAAAUAUGUAAAUCUAAAGAUACUAUACAUGCCGGAUUAAUUUCCAGUCUAAGCAGAGCCUAAGCAUUUACAGAACUUGAUGAUGCAUACAUACAAGGUAUGCA